CAUAAUGAAAAAGUUAAGCUAUUGAAAAUUGAUAUUUUAAAUGGCCCAUUUCAUGUAUUUGGAUUUCAUAAUGAAUGUGAUAGGUACUUUUGUACAAGAAAUAAGAACAAAGAAACAAAUUUAGUUCCGGAAAUGAAAAAAUGUAGUGUGUGGAAUGAUUUAAUUGCAGCAGUAAAUUUAGUAGCUUAUCAUUCCAACAGUCUAAUCUACCAUGUGAAUAAUAACUGUGUUGAAACAUAUAACAGUGUAGUCGCCAAGUAUGUAGGAGGGAAACGAGUGAACUUCUCACUAAGAGGGUCUUAUAAUGCACGGUGUAAUGCAGCAGUUUCCGCUUAUAAUUAUGGACCAAAUUAUUUACGACAAUUUUAUAAGAAGUCAACCAAUUUUAGCCCGGGAAUGUACACAAAAAAGUAUAUAGCAAAAGAAAAUCAAAGGAGAUAUAUUGAAAAAAAAAAAUGUAUAAUUAAUCCUAGACCAAAAAUAAAAAAAAAAAUUAUCUUUGGCGCGGAUUCUGACUAUGGGGCUGUAGAUGAACUGGGAUGUCAACCUUUAAUAAUGACAAAAGAAGAAUUUGAAGACAAAAGAAUUGAAUUUUUAGAUAAUUUAAAAUUAAAUGAGACUGAUAUUUUGAAAUUAGAACGCCGAACUACUGAUCAAUCUAGUAAUGAGGAAUGGAAAAAAGAAAGACUAUCCAGAUUAACAGCUUCCAAUUUUGGUAAAAUUUGCAAAUUGCGUAAGACUACCGUAAGAAAAAAUACUGUAAUUUCCAUUCUCUACCAAUCCUAUUUUUUUCAUUGAACUACUGCUACCAGUUACGGAAUUCAAUUUGAAUCAAUAGCAAAAACAGAGUUUGAAACCAUGUACAACUGUAAAGUACUUCCAGCUGGUUUAUUUGUUGAUUUUAAUUUACCGUUUUUAGCUGCAUCGCCAGAUGGCCUAAUUGGAAAUGAUGCCAUCAUCGAAAUUAAGUGUCCAUACUCAGCAAAAGAUUUUUCCCCAAACGAUGCUCAAAAACAAAAUAAAUUAAAAUAUAUGGAAAUAGAUUCAGAAAAUCUUAUUUUAAAGAAAAAUCAUAAUUACUAUUUCCAAGUUCAGGGACAAUUACACAUAACAAAAAGAAGGCUAUGUUAUUUUGUAAUCUGGACACCUAAAGGGAUUUCUGUGGAUAAAAUUUAUCGUGAUGAUAAAUUCUGGGAUGAAAAAAUGGAAACACCAUUGUCGGAGUUUUACUUAAAUCAUUUAUUGCCAGAAAUAAUUGAACCAAAAUUUUCUCCUGACAAGUAACAAUAUGUUUUGUUUUAUGUAAAAUUAUUUUCAAAUAAAAUGAAACAAUUUAAGUACCUA